AUGAAAAAUUUGUACUGUAUGGUGGAUAUAAGAGACGGCCAAGGAGAGGGCUCAGGGAAGGAGUUAAACAUAAGGGUGAACGAGCUGGCAAACUUAAUGAAGCUUUUCAGAGGAAAGGUAGAUGAGCUGGAGAAAACCGUGCGGUCUUUGGAGGCAACUGUGUCUGGGUAUAUGGGAACAGUAACACAAGCAAAGGAUGCACUUGACAGCCAAAACUACUCUAGCAGAUAG